UGGAGGAUUAACCUUGCUGCUAAUACAGCUUUGAAAGCUCCUUAGGGGGAACCACGCCAGGAGUCAAGGUAGCAGGAGAGAAACUGAAAGUGCUGAGCUGCCCUCCUGGUUCCUGGGGCAGUUCUCUCUCUCCCUGCCUUCAAACAGCAGUGAGCUUCCCAGCUCUUUGGAUUGGAGGAAUAUUUAGGGAAAAAUACAAGAGCUCCAGAGCCUUGCAGAUUCCUCUCCUGGGAAGGCACAAGCGUGGAGGUUUUGGCUCUUCAGUCAGUCCAUUUGAAGCCCAGAGGAGCAGCCCAGCAGCAGCAUCCCUGGCACCAAACCGCUGUAGCCGUUGAACAGAUACCUUGGCUUUGCGUGGCUUGGCUGCCUUGCAGCACCUGUGUGGCCUACCCAUGAGCUCGGACUUCCAGCAUUACAGUUUCAGGAUGCCGAACAUCGGGUUCCAGAACCUGCCUCUCAACAUAUACAUUGUGGUUUUUGGCACAGCCAUCUUCGUCUUCAUCCUCAGUUUGCUCUUCUGUUGCUACUUGAUCAGGCUCAGGCAUCAAGCACACAAAGAGCUCUAUGCCUACAAACAGGUGAUACUCAAGGAAAAGGUGAAGGAGUUGAACCUACACGAGAUCUGUGCUGUUUGCUUGGAGGAAUUCAAGCCCAAGGAUGAGCUGGGGAUCUGUCCCUGCAAACAUGCCUUCCACAGAAAGUGCCUCAUCAAGUGGCUGGAGGUCCGGAAGGUCUGUCCCCUCUGCAACAUGCCAGUCCUGCAGCUGGCCCAGCUCCACAGCAAACAGGACCCGGGACCCCCCCAGGGACCCCUCCCCGGCGCCGAGAACAUCGUAUAGCUCUGCCCUGCCCCUGCCAGGGACUGACUGCCCCCCCGGGGACACGGGGACAACCAAAGCACUGUGGCACCAGCACCAAGGGACAGGAGAGGAUGCAGGUGACCGGGCGGGGGGCUCGGAGCACUUUAGGGAGGGACAAAACCCCGUGGGCUGCAGACGAAGGACCCCAAAAACCUCCCCCAACCCAACCGGGCUGGGGUGAAGGCUCUGUCCCUCCAGCCUGGGCUCUGUCCCUUUCUGGGAUCUUAGGGUCCUCAAAAGGUGCCCUGCAGGAAAUCCUUCUUCCAGCACAUCCCUUCUCCAGCCAUGGGAAGCAGCCUGGGGCAAGACAGAACCGAACCGAACCGCCUGCCAGCACCCGCGGCAUCCCGGUACAAUCCCCAGCCCAGCUGCCCCCCCCCUCCCACCAACGCCUUCAGAAUCCCUGCCCCAAAUCCAAGGAGAGAUCCUGGAGCACCACGUUGGGCCCUGCCCCAUCCUCGUUGCCAUUACUUCACGGGGUUGCCUUUGCCUUGGCAAUUCCCAGCUGGAAAACUGGGUCUCAGCCCCCCCACUCCUGGGGUUGGUGCUGCAGAGCCACCACUGCUCCUCUGAAAGGACUAAGAGGGGUAGGGGGGAGGUUGGGGUCACCCCCAGGAUGGGUGGGGUGGGUUUUAGGGUGGUCACCCCCCUCCUGGUUGUGCUGGGCUACCUCAUGGAUCCCCUGAUGGGCACCAUCCUGGUGGGAACCAUCAGCCACCACCUCCAAACCACAGCAAUGGGGUGGUGGGAGGGGAGUUAGCAGGGGGGGCAGGCAAAAACUCCUCUCUUUUGGGUUCAUCCAGCACUUCCAGCCUCACCCCAGGGACCGGGAGGGGGUCUGGGUGAGGGACUCUUUGCCAAAACACCCCAAAAAAAGCUGCUGGGGAUGGGGUGUGUGGGCUGUGCCACCCCCUCACCUCUCCACCACCUCACCGGGCAAAUCCGGGCACUGUAGCAAACGCCCUGAAACUUUGAAACUCCCUUUAUUAUAUUUUAUUUUUCUUUUUUGAAGGGAAGGGGGUGUCAGUAUUACCACAGCAGCAGCUUUCCUGACCCUCCCAGCCCAUCCUGGGGGUCUUGUCUCCCCCCCUUUCUCCUGUAAAUACUCCCAGGGCUGUUUAUGGAGCCUCUCAGAUGUGUUUGUACACUACGGAUUCUGCAGCAGAAUAUUUUUUUAAAAGUUGGCUGAGGGGGUUGGGUGUUGUUUUGGUUUUAUUUUUUUUG